AUGAAAAGCAGAACGACUAUUUCGGCAGGUCAGCAUGUUUUGAUACGCUUGCCUUCUGAAGGGCUCCGCAUUGUGCUUUUGCGUGAGGACGGGACGGUAUCUUUGGGCAAAUUUGGUGCGUUUAAAGUAAGUUCGAUCUUGGGCCACCCAUUGGGAACGACAUUUGAAAUCAACGAGGACCAGAUUGCUUCUCCGAUUAAGUCGCUCACAAGUGUAGAAGACAAGGUGGAAGUUGAAAAUGAGCAGGACGAGGAAACAGAGAAGGAGGCCUUGAUCAAGUACUUCGAGAAGAGUGCAGAAAGUAACCAGGACAUCAUCAAUGUUGGGCUGAAGAUACAGAAACUAGAUAAUAAGCAGAUUGAUGAGUUGAAGAAGCUGGGGGCAUCUUCGGAGAUCGGCCAGAAAAUAAUUGAGCAGAUCAUAGCCGGGCACGCAGCAUUCGAUAAGAAGACGGUCUUCUCGCAGCAGAAGUACUUAAGAAGAAAGCAGAUGAAGUUCUUAAGAAGGUUCCAAGUAGAGUACUUGGGAAGCUCUCAACUUCUUCAAUAUUUUAUCGAAAAAGAUAUGCAGAAAGUGCUUGAUAUGAGCGAGGAGACCUUGGGGCUUCUACUCAGCUACGCCAAUGUGCGUCCUGGAGGCCGCUAUUUGGUGCUUGAUGAUACUUCGGGAGUGAUUAUUUACGCAAUGAUGGAAAGAAUGCAAGGAAAAGGUCAGAUUAUGCUUGUGCACGAAAACGAACACCCCAACUUGGCAGCAUUGCGUUACUCGGAUUACCCUGAGGAGCUCCAAGAGCAGAUGAUCACGCCAAUAAGCUGGCUUCAGUUCAUCGAGCCCGAAGACGAAAAAAUCGUCUGGGAAGAACUUUCGCAGCAGGAGAUUGACGAGUUGAAACCAAACAAAAAAUUGCAGUACCAUAGGAGACUGAAGAAGGCGAAGGAAAUUAACGAUGCUCUUGACUCGGUUAUCAGGGGUAACUUUGAUGCAUUAAUCUCGUGUACAACAUUAAGUAUACCGUCAUUUUUGCCGCAUGUCAUUGAAAGAGUCGGUGGGUCAAGGCCUUUAGUAUUCUACAGCACGUUCAAAGAACUCCUCCUUGAGGCACAGCACGAGCUCACAAAGGACAAGCGUGUGUUGGCUCCUUCUAUUUUUGAAACACGUGCAAGAAUAUACCAGACCAUCCAGGGCCGUUUGCAUCCACUCAUGACUUCAAGAGGUUACGGUGGGUACGUUCUUUGGGCAACCAGAGUGAUCCCUGCUGGAGGACACAUCCAGGCGGUAGGAAAAGGUUCAAGAAAGAAGGCUAAGUCUGAAGCACCUAAAAGCGAUGAAGAAAUGAAAGAGAAGAGACAAGAAACGCCACUUUUUGUUGCAACCGAGUCGUCAGAUAGAGAUGUCAAAGGUGUGCCCAUGGAACAAACUUAA